AUGCUCGAAGUUUUUCACAACACCAAAUUUAUAUGUUGUUGGAAUAUGAAACCCCUACAUGGAUUUCUUGAAGAGCCUCCUUUGACAAAAGACGAAAAACGCAAAUAUAUGGGUAUGUAUUAUCUCAUGAUUGCAACUCUACUCUUCGUCUCUGGUUGUUUCUUCAGGAUCGGUAUGAUAUCUUGGGAAAUUUUUCUAUUUCAAAUGGCUGGUACUUAUGAUUCUGAACAACAAAGAAUGAUUGACAGAAUCAAAUGCAUUGUGUUUCAUGAAGCUCGCGAUGCUGGUGCAACAUUUAUCAAUAGACAAUGGAUCGCCGACAAAAUUCAUCGUACAACUCGAUUUGUCUCAGAGUGGUGGGAAAAAUCGUAUGACCAAUGCUUUGCUGAUUAUUCAAAUGCUGGUCCUAAACUAAAGUUAUCACAAGCUGCUCAGGAUAUUAUUCGUGAAGCAAGUGAUUGGACUGAAGAAGAUUUUCUUAAUUUGGCUCCAUCGGAUGAAUUUUAUGUUUGGACUGUUCGCAGACCAAAUUAUCAAAAUGAUCGAGUUUGGGCAAAAAGCAUUGAGGACAUUGAAGAUGAUGAAAGGUAUCGCGAAAUCGUUAAAAACCAAGCGUGCAUCGGCAUUUUUAUCAUUUUGACUGCGAAAAAGCUGCAUUGGGUAAUUAAAGAUAAAGGUGAAUCUUGGACCGAGCAAUAUUUUCGUGACACUAUUUUAAUGCAACACGUCUUUCCAUUCCUCAAAGACGAAGAAAAUGUAAUCGAUCCGUAUAAUGUGAUAUUUGUUCAUGAUAAAGCACCAUGUAUGUGA